CUGCUAAACAACAUCCAGAAUAGGAAAAGGUAUCCUCCAGGUCCAAAAGGGCUUCCAAUUAUAGGACAUCUUCACUUGUUAGGAAAAAAUCCACACCAAGAUUUCCUAAAACUAGCAAAAACACAUGGUCCACUUAUGUAUGUGCGGCUGGGACUAGCAAAAACACCAUGUUGGACAUUAUGCAAUCAGGAGAAGCAGAAUUUCAGGUUGGUCGUAGACAUAUAAAAGCUAUCCUCUUCGAUAUGUUAAUUGCAGCAAUGGGCACUUCAGCAACAGCUAUAGAAUGGAUACUAACAGAGCUUCUUCGACAUCCUCAUGAGAUGAAGAAACUCCAAAAAGAGUUGGAACAAGUGGUAGGCCUUGAAAGAAUGGUAAAAGAAUCAGACUUGGAGAAGUUAAACUACUUAGACAUGGUUGUAAAGGAGGGCAUGAGGCUGCAUUGUGUAGUUCCACUAAUGCCUCACGAGGCCAUAGAAGAUUGUGUAGUCAAUAGCUUCCACAUACAAAAAGGAUCCCGGAUCUUGAUUAACUUUUAUGCUGUUCAAAGGGAUCCAAAUAUUUGGCCUGAGCCUGAAAAGUUUUUACCUGAGAGGUUUGUUGAGAGCAGUAUAGAUGUCCGUGGAAGUGACUUCCAACUUUUACCAUUUGGCUCUGGCAAAAGAAGUUGCCCUGGAAUGCAGUUGGGGAUCAUCAUUGUCCAACUUAUAGUAGCACAACUGGUGCAUUGCUUUGAUUGGGAGCUUCCAAAUGGUAUGCAGCCUUGUGAUUUGGAUGUUGAGAACUUUGGGUUAGCAACAAGCAGUGAAAAUCCUUUAGUGGCUAUUCCUACUUUUAGACUAAAUAAUGCUUAA